CCUCAGUCGAAUACUCAGUCCAUAUUGUACAUCAGUCAAGAUGGCGUUCACUAGUUUCGCCGGCAGAAGCUACAAUAUUGUCUCAGAUGAAGUCAAACAAACGGACAGCUUUGACGAAAUUCCAAUCAUCGAUCUCACGCACCCACAGGCUCAAGUGGUUGAGAGUCUACGGGAUGCAUGCACUCGAGUUGGCUUCUUUUACAUAUUCAAUCACGGCAUACCACAGAAUAUCAUUGAUCAAGUAUUUUCCACGGCGCAAGAAUUUUUCGCCUUAGAUGACAAGCUCAAGCAGCAGGUACAUUUCAAGAAUGGGGCAGCUCUUUGUGGAUAUGAAGGAUUUCAAAACGUUUACACGGACGAGAGGAAAAAGCCGGAUUUGAACGAAGCAUUCAGUUGGCGUUAUGCACCGGAUAUGGAUUUCUUGAACGAGGACACUGCCACGACGAUGCCAGUUGACGCUGAUAAGGCCAACAAUUUCCUCACAAGUGGUCAAAAUCUCUGGCCCGACGCUAAACCGGAAAUGCGUUGUGAUAUAAUUCAGUACUAUAGUCACGUACUAAAGUUGGCAAGAAAGUUGAUCCGCUUGUUUGCUUUGGUGCUUGAGUUACCAGAGACAUACUUUGACGAGAUGAUGCGACAUCCGCCCCCCAAGGGCCUCGAUCCGCCUUUCGGUAUAGGUGCUCACACCGAUAUUGAAUGUUUCACAAUUCUUUGCCAAGGGAGUGAUGUGCCAGCUUUGCAGGUCCUCAAUCCCAAAGGUGAAUGGAUUUUGGCUCCUCCUAUCCAGGGUACCUUUGUCGUGAAUAUUGGUGAUAUGCUAGCUCGUUGGUCCAACGACACUUUCCGAAGCACCAUCCACCGUGUCCUCAAUAUCACAGGCCGAGAACGCUGCUCAAUGCCCGUUUUCAUAGGGCCGAGUUAUAAUACAGUGAUAAAACCUCUAGAGACUUGCCUUACUGAGGGCGCCAAAUAUGAUCCCAUUCCAGCAGGUCUGUAUGUUUGGAAACGGCUUGCGAUCAGCCGACUUGAUAAAGCUGAAUAUGAGAGGCAACGCGUGAAGAUGGAAAGCCAGCUAGCAAUACCAAUUCGUGUAUAA